UGUUAAACCAGCAGAUCACAUCAUGUUGACAGCAAAAAUAAACAAGAGUUAUUACCACUCAACUUCCAAUGUUCCUCUAGCAGCUGUUACCGUUAAAGAUAUGCUAGAUUCUGUUGUGGAAAAAAUACCGGAUAAAGAAGCAUACGUGUUUCCAGUUGAAAAGAUACGCCUAACAUUUGCAGAAUUACAAAGGCAAGUGAACGCCUUGGCAACUGGGUUUAUCAACAUGGGGUUGAAACGAGGGGAUACGCUGGGUAUCUUGUCGUCACGUGCAACUGAAUAUGUAUUGGUGCAGUUGGCCGCUGCACAGAUUGGAGUGAUCUUAGCAAGAUUCCACAUUGGCUUACCGCACAGUAUGCUGGAAAAUGUUAUAUUGAAAAGUGAAUGCGUUGCUCUGGUAGUUGGUGACAAUCAUGACGAUGUCUACAAUCAAUUAAUGAAAAUCAUACCAGAUUUGAAAACAACAGAUUCAGGAUUACUACCUAUGACGGGAAAGUCUAAACUGCAAUUUAUAAUUACCAAGGUAGCGGCAUCUGGAGGCAGAUGGAAAUCCAUUGACGAUAUCAUGAAUAAAAGCAACAUGGAUCCUGAGAAGGAUAAAAAGCUAUUAGAAGAAACUAGCAAAAUGGUUGAGUUUGGUGACUUGUAUACGAUUUUCUACACAUCUGGGAGUACUGGGCCAUUGAAAGGCACUCUUCAUAGUAAUGAAGCUCUUCAAAACAUUUACAUGAUGUGUGGAGACAGAUAUGGAUGGACGAAAGAUGACAUUCUGUUGUCUGCAUGUCCUUCAUUGUCUCAUGUUGCCGCAGAUGUGGCUCACACGACCCCACUCGUACUUGGGUUGACAUCAGUCAUUCUCUCCCCUGGUGCAAACAUUCAAGACAACGUUUCUGUUAUACACGAUGAACGUUGUUCUCUACUUUUUGCUACAUAUCCUGGUCUUUAUAACAUGUUAUAUUCUGGUAAUGUAGAACAGUAUAAUUGCAAUUCUGUUCGCCACAUUUUGACUGGUGCUAGCAUAAUUCCAGCAGACUUCAUUCAGAAAAUAAGCACGAUAUUUCAGGCUAAAGUUUUAAAUACAUACGCAUCAUCUGAAGCGUUGGCAGUCAGUGGAAUAGAUCCGACGGAUGAUGGAAAAGGAAGUUUCGAUAAUGUUGGACGCCCAUUUAGUCACACCGAAGUGAAGAUAGUGGAUACAAAUGGUAAAAUCGUGCCGAUCAACACGCUUGGUGAUCUGUUUAUCCGCAGUAACUACGUAUUCCGCUCAUAUAUACACGAUGAAGAUAAGACGAAAAAGGUCAAGAGUGUGAAUGGAUGGUAUAAAUCAGGUGACAUUGCUAAGAUUAAUAGCAAUGGCUAUAUAACAGUUGUUGGAAGAAAUCAGGAUAUCAUAAUGAAAGGGGCACAAACAAUGUAUUAUGCCAGCUUAGUGGAGUCAAUUUUAAGUCAUCCCAACGUUAAAGCAGCUUACAUUGUACCUGUACCAGAUAAGGAAUUGCAAGAAGAUUUCUGUGCUUGUGUUUCGUUGAAUGGAAACACUGUGCUAUCGGGGGACGAACUAAGAGACUUCUACGUUGCCAAUAUUGCUAUGAAAGAUUACAUUCCAAAGUAUGUGAUGGUAUUUAAUGAUUUCCCGAAAAACGCAACUGGUAAAAUUGACCAAAUUGCUCUGUCCCAGGAAGUGUUUAUCAGUUUAGGUUUGGAUACAGACUGGCUUGUUCACGGCAGAAAGGCAUAA